GCUGAAAUUCUUGUCCAAAGCCUUUUCGUUUUUCUGGCGAAAGGCCGACCUGGAAAUGUUGGGAGCUGAGCAGCAGCCAGCCAGAGAUGGAAAAGAGAUAAAAACUGUACAAGGUGUGGUUACAAGAUUUUGCCUAGACUUCGGGAUGAUAAAUGAUUUAAUUUGUUUCACCAGUGAUGCUGUAAUUAGCAAUGUGCCACUGCAAGUUGGACAGAGAGUUGUAGCUCUUGUUGAAGAAGAUAAAACAUCUAAUGGAUUCAAGGCAAUCAGGGUAGAAAGUGUCUCUGAUAAAUGGGAAGAUAGUGAAUAUCCUUAUGAAAUGGAAUCUGAUAGUAAGACACUCAUCGGUAGUAUUACAUCUGUAACUGCUGCUGGUGGCUACAUUAAUCAGAGAACUUCCUUCUCUAUGAAAGAGGUUUCUGAAGGCUUUGAUCCUUAUAAAGGCGAUUGGGUGGAAGCAGAAUAUGUUAUUAACCCAACAACUUGGAGCAGUGAAGCCAUUUCUGUAAAGCCUUUGAGGUAUAAGAGAAUUGACAAGGUUCGUAUUUCCAGUGUAUGUGGAAAAAUUGGCGUUGUAGAUGACUGUGCAUUUUUCACUCUGGAUUGCCUGAGUCUUCCUGAUGGUUAUUUGCCCCAAAGGCAUGAUCUGGUCAACGUGGUUGUUGUGGAAAGUAACCAAUCAUGUUAUAUUUGGAGAGCACUCUGUAUGGCUCCAGCAGACAAAAUUAGGGCAUCUCUAACCCAAGAAAUCAACAUGAAUGAGCCAUACAAAAACUUACUGAAAGACAAAGGAGGACUUGAAGUGUCAAAACUGAUAAACUUUGGAAAACUCAAAUUAGGAGAGUGUAAAAGCAUGGAGAUCUGGAUAGAAAAUAAAGGGGAAACAACACAUUCUUUAAUUAGCUGCAACUUAGGUGGCUGGGAUAGAGAGAACCAGUUUUGUCUUCACGUGCCAGGAAUGGGGCAGGAGAGUUCUACAGCAUCUCAAGCAUCAUCUGUUGUCCCUAAAGAAGCUGCUUCAGAAGUUGAAUCUGCGUGUGUAAACAGUAUUGGAGACCAUGACAAUUCUUUUAUCAGACAACCUGAAAAAUUAAGCGGUGAAAAAGAGCAAAAAGAAAAAGGAGAAGAAAAAACAGCAGACCUCAACAGGGCGAUCUCUCUUCCUUCUAGGACUAAGAUUUCUGUAGUGAUUUCAUGCACUGCAAAAAACCCAGGUCGUUGCAAAGAACUUUUGUUGUUGUGUUUUUCUGACUGCAUUAUUGGUCGCUACAUUGAAGCAGUUAUAGUAACAGAAGAGGAGUCGCUAAUAGCAGCCACUGAGCCUUUUUUCCCUAAACAAUGUCAAAUCACUUCUGAAUUCCAGAACGCAAGGGCAACAACGGUUUUACCAGAAUGGAAAAGAAACACAAGGAGACAGCUACCAAGUUUCAUUCCUCAGUACCCCAUUCCAGAUAGACUAAAGAAAUGUGUGGAGAAGAAAUUGGAUGUACUGGUUUAUCAGCCACAUCUUGGAGAGGGUCUGUCUCUAGCUAAUUAUAAAGCAAUUUUUUCUGCUCUGCUGUGGCUUGAGGAGAUCCAUGAAGAGAUGGAACUGAAGGAUUUCUCCAUGUGUGGAGUCACCUUAAAAAAGAAUGGGAACUACCUAGUACUUGAAGUGCCAGGGGUCACAGAGGGUCGCCCUCCUUUAUGUUCAGGUGACAAAGUAAUAUUAAAGACCCAAGACUACUUGGAGCAAGAAAUCCACUACGUUGCGUAUGCCACUGAGAUUCAUAAUGAAGAAGUUACUCUGAAGCUUAACCAAGAGUUUGAACGGUCUUAUAAUUCUGAGCCCAUGGAUGUGGAAUUUACUGUUGGCAGGACUACCAGCCGGAGAUGCCAUUUUGCAGUUGAACAAGCCAUCCAUUUAGGAGAAAAGGUUUUAUUUCCUGAUAGUCUUACAAUGCAAUCUCCUCAAAUUGUCAAGCGGUGGCAUGGUUCAGAUGGUGCUCAAGUACAAAGUAUCACACAGGAAGCUAAGGUAAACCUUUGCCACCAAUCUGUUCACGUGCUACUGUUCAUAAAUAUUGUAAGCGUUCAUUUUAUUUCUCAUUUUUGUUAUUCUCAGAAUGAGAAGGUGCAAAAUGUCAAUGGAAAAAAGAAGCCAAACGAUAAAAAAGCAGUUGUCAUUUCCGAUAUUGUGACAGUCGCCACACAAACAAUAAAUGGAGCUACAUCAUCUAAUAGAAGAGACUUUGACUAUUUCAACCCUCUGCUGAAUGAACAUCAGAAACUAGCAGUGAAAAGGAUACUUAGUGGUGAAUGUCGUCCAACUCCUUACAUUGUCUUUGGACCACCAGGAACUGGCAAAACUGUCACAGUCAUUGAAGCAAUUUUACAGAUACAUUACACCUUACCAGACAGCCGAAUAUUGGUCUGUGCACCAUCAAACAGUGCAACAGAUCUAGUUUGUUUACGACUUCACAGCAGCAAUGUGUUAAAGCCAGGAGUGAUGGUCAGAGUUAAUGCAUCCAGCAGAAACGAAGAGAGCCUUAGUGAUGUAAUAAAGCUUUACUCCAAAGAUGGGGAAGACAUUUGGCAAGCAUCUCGGUUCAGGAUAAUCAUUGUGACGUGCAGCAGUGCAGGAAUGUUCUACCAAAUAGGAAUAAGGCUUGGGCACUUCACACAUGCAUUUGUGGAUGAAGCAGGGCAGGCAAGUGAACCAGAAUGCCUAAUCCCUUUGGGGCUGAUCUCAGAAGUCACUGGGCAGAUCGUGCUUUCAGGUGAUCCAAUGCAGCUAGGCCCAGUAAUAAAAUCCAGUCUUGCUACGGCAUAUGGAUUAAAUGUUUCCCUGUUGGAGAGACUGAUGUGUCGGCCUCUAUAUCAGAGAGAUGAGCAUGCUUUUGGUGCUUGUGGAUCAUACAAUCCUCUGGUGAUUACAAAACUUGUGAAGAAUUAUCGAUCGCACGCAGCGCUGCUCACAUUGCCAUCUAGACUCUUUUACCACAAGGAACUAGAAGUCUGUGCUGAUUCUUCAGUGGUAAACUCUUUGUUGGGAUGGGAGAAGUUGCCAAGGAAAGGUUUUCCCCUGGUUUUUCAUGGAGUUAGGGGCACUGAAUUGCGAGAAGGCUAUAAUCCUUCUUGGUUCAAUCCUACAGAAGCAGUCCAAGUAAUGCGUUAUUGUUGCCUUCUUGCUAAAAGCAUCACUAAUACAGUGUCAGAGAUGGACAUUGGAGUGAUUACACCUUACCGAAAGCAGGUAGAAAAAAUCAGAAUUCUCUUACGUACUGUGGGUCUAAUGGACAUCAAAGUUGGCUCAGUAGAAGAGUUUCAAGGGCAAGAAUUCCUAGUGAUCAUCAUAUCAACAGUCCGGUCAAAUGAAACUUCAUUCCAUGAUGAAAGAUACUUUUUAGGCUUCCUUACUAAUGCAAAGCGCUUUAAUGUGGCCAUUACCAGACCCAAGGCAUUGCUCAUUAUAGUCGGAAAUCCUCAUGUGCUUGUCAAAGAUCCCUGCUUUACUGCUCUCUUGGAAUACAGUUUGACAAAUGGAGUUUACAUUGGCUGUGACUUACCACGAGAACUAGAAAAUCAAAACGAGUGAGUGUCUUUUCAGUACUGUUGUGGAGA